AUGGUGUCUUACAAACCAUCCGUGUUUAAUGUGCAUACACCAUCCUCUUCGUUUGCGAUCAUACAUUCAGUUGCUGAAGAAUCUCUCACUGCAUUAUUCGACAAACUCAGCAGAAAGGCCCAUACUGGAUAUCAUGGGCAGCGUAUUGGAGCCAAUUGGUUGAAGUAUGAAUGGAGCGGAUCUGUCUGGAAUCUUGACGAUGAUGCAGACUACACGAUUUUCGUCUGGCGGAUGAGUGAAUUGUUACCUUCUGGCGACGAUACUCCAACGAUAUAUCUCCGGAACCCUUCCAAACCCCUUCCAUCCGACUCGUCUUACCAGAACCCCUCUUAUUAUUUCUUUCGCCCUCAUCGAAAGGCAGGCCCUUCUCACAAUGGUUCUCGCGUUGAAAUUCCGUCCGUUCGUAGCAAGAGAUCUGUUGCCAAGAUAGAUGAUGACGCGACGCCCAAACACAAGAAGGAGUUUGAGAAAUUCCAUAGCGAGAAUGGUGUGAGGACGAUUGUGGGCAGUAUUGGGCCCGUUUCAGAUAUCCGAAUGCUGCUGAAGAAUGGCUACCGAUAUGUCUACGUCUCCCGAAAGUUUGCAAUGAGACAUGGGUUCAUCCCUGCCGACGCAGCACCGGGUCAUUAUGGCUACGGUGGUUUGGUCAACAUCGGAAAAUGGCCGAUCACUAUUGGCCACACGAAAACCGUUCAUUCAGUUUUUCUAUCCGAGGAGUCACACUUUGAUGUCGUGCUGGGACGAUCGUUCAUGGAAAAACGCAUGAUCAAGACGGACUCUGUCGAUCCGACUAAUAUCACUUGCCUUGAUACCGGAGAAAAGCUCGAUUGUGAGCUUGUUAUCUUGAAGGACGGCAAGGGCGAAAUUGUCACUGUUACUUAA